ACACAGAACAACUGACGGAAAGCAGUAUCCGGAUGUCUUGAAUUUGCUUGCCAUUCUGCUGUGUUCCUCUAACAUCUCAUCACUAGACAUGGGCAUUAGAUGUGACAGUAAACCACACUUGAACUGAACAGAAGAAAUAUUAAAAGCAUAAUCUUCAGAAGAGAUGCCUCAAAGACAGCCUCAGUCACCUAAUCAGACUUUCAUUUCAAUCUCUAAUGACACAGAAUCAUCCAGCUCUGUUGUUCCUAAUGAUACCAAAAAUAAAGGAUGGACCGGAGACAACUCUCCAGGAAUAGAAGCAUUAUGUGCCAUCUAUAUAAUGUAUGCUGUGAUCAUUUCAGUGGGCAUCCUUGGAAAUGCUAUUCUCAUCAAAGUCUUUUUCAAGACGAAAUCCAUGCAAACUGUUCCAAAUAUUUUCAUCACAAGCCUGGCUUUUGGAGACCUUUUACUUCUGCUAACUUGUGUGCCGGUGGAUGCAACUCAUUACCUUGCAGAAGGAUGGCUGUUCGGAAGAAUUGGAUGUAAGGUGCUCUCUUUCAUUCGGCUCACUUCUGUUGGUGUAUCGGUGUUCACCUUAACAAUUCUCAGCGCUGACAGAUACAAGGCAGUCGUGAAGCCUCUGGAGCGACAGCCUUCCAAUGCCAUCCUGAAGACCUGUGCCAAAGCUGGCUGCAUCUGGAUCAUGUCUAUGAUAAUUGCUCUACCAGAGGCUAUAUUUUCAAAUGUAUAUACUUUUCGAGAUCCCAGCAAAAAUAUGACAUUUGAAUCAUGUGCCUCUUAUCCUGUUUCAGAGAGGCUCUUGCAAGAGAUACAUUCUCUGCUGUGCUUUUUAGUGUUCUACAUUAUUCCACUUUCUAUUAUUUCUGUCUAUUAUUCUUUGAUUGCUAAGACUCUUUACAAAAGCACCUUGAACAUACCUACUGAAGAACAAAGACAUGUCCGCAAGCAGAUGGAAUCCCGGAAGAGAAUUGCCAAAACGGUGUUGGUGCUGGUGGCUCUGUUUGCUCUCUGCUGGUUGCCGAAUCACCUCUUAUAUCUUUACCGCUCAUUCACUUCUCAAACCUACGUGGACCCCUCUGCCAUUCAUUUUAUAAUCACCAUUAUCUCUCGGGUUCUGGCUUUCAGCAAUUCUUGUGUAAACCCCUUUGCUCUUUACUGGCUGAGCAAAACCUUCCAGAAGCAUUUUAAAGCUCAAUUAUUCUGUUGCAAGGCAGAGCUGCCUGACCCUCCUCCUGCAGAUACCCCUCUUAACAACCUGUCUGUGAUGGGAAGGGUCCCCUGUGCUGGGAGCACACAGGUGUCUGAAAUUAGUGUGACUUUGUUCACUGGGUGUAGUGUGAAGAAGGAAGAUGACAAAGUCUAGCUUUUAAAUUACAUUGGUUAUUUUUCUUCCCAGCAUGUGUAUCUGAUUCUGAGCUGUGCGUAGGUGUAUGUUGUCAGGAUGUUUGUUGUUUGUAAAUUGUGUUGAAAUCUUAGGAGUGAAGGUCCCUUAUAAGUAAAAGACAAACUAUGGUUUUUAAAAUGUAUAAAUAUUAAUGUUAUUGGGCUUUCUAAAUAAAAUUAAACCCCCUAGGUUAGGAAGAUACAUUUAUAUAUGCCAGUGUGUCCCAAGGGAGCUUGCAUAGAAGGGAAGGUAAAAAAAAACCAAGAUAACAUUUAAAAAUCUAAUUUGUUUCCAUCCCAUCUAUAAUGCUUUUAAUUACUCACAUAUUCCCGUGAUUUUCAUAAACUGUGUUUGUGUUUAUUAUGUGCUGUGAAUCUAGACAUUAUGUCUUGUAUAUGAAAAGGGGAUAAAAAAAAAAAAUCUCUUCUGCACUUUUCUUAAAAAGCAAAGUCCUUACCCAACUGGCAUGGUUCGGUGGUUGAGUGUUGACCUUUAAACCAGGUCAUGGUUUGAUUCCUGA